AUGGAGACUCGGCCUGAGUCAGAUGAAGAGGAACCAGGAGGAACGGAAGGGGCAGAGAUGCAGUGCGAUCCAGACCCGAGCCCUGUUCGGGACCCAAGGCACUCAUCGCGACCCAGCAAGGGAGUUCUGGCCAACGCAAGGUUGGCGCAGGGGCUUCGCCAGCCUGCUGGGAUCUCCAUCCUCCAGGCCACGGCCGUCACCACAGGGCGGGCGCAUGGAGUGCCAGAGGCCCCAAAUGCCAGCCUGUGCACCCCACCCAUAACCCGGCUCUGCGUGCCCCUCCGCCUGCUUCAUCUCCCGCAUAUGGCUGAGGAAGGGGAGCCAAUCCAGUUGCUCUCUCUAGGAGGCUCCCGACCGCUCUCAGCUCAGCUGGCUCUCAAGGUCUCCUCCUCUGCCUGUCUCCACGGCCCCCAGCAGGUGGAACUGCUGGAUCCCGCUUGGUCCUCUUUCUGCCUUGGGGGAAAGCCAAGUGCUUUCCAGCAUUCGGCCACAGGUUAUGGGCCCGGCUCCCUCCCACAUUCCUUGUGCUAUUUUUCUCUAGGGUUGUCAGAGCCCAGCCAGGAGCUGCCCCAGUUCCUCUCCAUGGUCCACCUGGAUGACCAGCCCAUCGCUCGCUAUGACAGCAUCACCAGGAGGACAGUCCCUCUGGUGUCCUGGAUGGAGGAGGUGGAGAAACAGAGUCCCAACUACUGGAAAGAGGGGAAUGAGCCAUUGCUGGCCACUGAGCAGGUCUUCAGAGAUGAGCUGAAGAGCAUGCUGGUGUUGACUGUUAAAGCCCUCCAUGGCAUGGGACCGGAUUAUUUGAGAGACCGCCUUUUAUCUGCCCGUCCUGCUAGAUCCAGCAGAGUGGGCCUGUUUGGGUGGAUUGGGAGAAGAACCCUGGUCCGUCCAAACUCUCUUUCAGGGCUUCACACCUGGCAGGUGAUUUUGGGCUGUGAGCUCAGGGAAGAUGGGAGCAAAGGAGGGUUUUUACACCAUGGCUACGACGGUUGGGUGGGGUUCUUCAUCAGCUUCAACAAGGAGACCCUCAAAUGGGUGACAGCUCAGCCCCAGGCCCAGAAGAUAAAGGAGAAGUGGGAGGAUGAUCCAGGGUGGUCCCAGAGAAAUAAAGAUUACCUGGAGAGGAUCUGCAUUGAAUGGCUGCAGAGAUACCUGUCCUACGGGAAGGAGGCUCUGCAAAGGAUAGAUAAAGCCCCAGUGGGUCAGGUGACCCGUAAGGCAGCUAAUGACAGCCUAGAGAUCCUCAUCUGCCAGGCAUACGGCUUCUACCCCAAGGAGAUCCAGGCCACCUGGAUGAGGGAUGGAGAGGUCUGCAAGUAUGAGACCUUCCAUAGGAAUGUGGCCCCCAAUUCAGAUGGCACCUAUUAUGUCUGGCUUAGCAUUGAGAUCGACCCCAAGGAGAGGGACCAAUUCCAGUGUCACAUGGAGCAUGCUGGGCUGGUGAAACCCCUGUUCCUGGCCUGGAUGAAGGAAUUGAGGGACUGGGCCCAUGUGGGAGCCAUCUUGGGGGCCUUGGCUGCUGUCAUUCUUCUGGUGUCUGGGAUCAUCUACUGA